CGAUGAAACAAGACUCGUUGAGGCACGUUUCAGUGGAGGGCAAAGCUUUUCAAUUAGGUUUUGCUGAGAUCGGACCUCUGGAGGGCGCAGAGGUGACGGAGGAGCCCGACAAAUUUCUCCAGCAAGCAGGUACGCCCUUGUCGCCAACACGAUGACGACGGAGGGGGGCGAAUGCGGCGAAGAGGGCGUGAAGAAGCUGCCCAUUCUGCACUUCAACGACGUCUACCGUGUCAAGCAGACGUCGAGGGCCCUUGGAGGAACAAUCUCGGCAGACCAAUUCGCGGCAAAAGUCGGCUCGCUGCGACAGUCGUGGGGCGAAGAGCCAAGGAAACUCAAUCUCAUCGGAUCAGAAAACGGGAUAGACGAGAGGAAGGGUGAAGAGAUCGUUGAUGCACCCAAGCAAAACGCAGAGGCGGACAACCUCAAAGGCCUUGUCCUCUUCUCGGGCGAUGUCUUCAACCCGAGUAUCGAGAGCAGCGUAACGCGGGGCGAGCACAUGAUAGACGUCCUCAACUCGCUCUCCAUUGACUGUGCCUGUCUGGGUAACCAUGACUUCGACUUUGGCUAUCCCCACCUGCAGCGACUUAUGGGCCUGACCAACUUUCCCUGGACCUUUUCCAAUAUUGCCGACGUGGCUUCCUCGUCGACAAAGGACAGCGAGCAAGCAUUCAAGGAUGAGCCGCAGGAAGGCGAUGGGCAGGUGAAGGGCACGCUUCGCAGUUGGAUCGCCCCUGCCAUCAACGGCGUUCGAGUGGGCUGCAUCGGCCUGGUUGAGAAGGACUGGAUCGCAACCGUGCCCGCCUUUCCCCCCGAGUUUCGAUACCGAUCCAUGGCGCAAGUGGCUCGGCGCAUCUCCAAGGAGCUCAGGAGCGGAGAUCAGCCCUGCGACGUUGUUGUGGCCAUCACUCAUUGCCGCCUUCCCAAUGACAUCGACCUCGCCAACGAGCUCGGAGCAACAAAGAAUGCUCCGUUCGACCAGCACGGCGUCGACCUGAUCCUCGGCGGGCACGAUCACAUGUACUACAUCGGCAAGGGCAUCGACACCUACGAGGGCGAGGAGUGGCAGGCGACUCUGCCAGGGGCGGAAAAGGACCAAGGGUGCAUAAUUGUCAAGUCAGGGACCGACUUCCAGGAUCUGAGCGAGAUAAGCCUCGAGCUGAGCGAGGUUCACGAGGGAGCCGUAAGGAGGAGGACGAUUACAAAGGCGAGCGUUCGGCGACACAAGACGAAGCCCGAUGAUCCUACCCUCCCAGAGUUAAGAACGCACAUUGACAGCCUCAUGUCCAGAGUGGAUCAGGCGACGGGUCAGCCAGUUGCAUUUAGCCUGACGCCCCUCGACUGCCGCGCCGACAAGGUACGGACGGAAGAGUCCGCUGUGGGCAACCUCAUUGCCGACAUCUUGAUGCAUUCCUACGAGGAUGCCUUGCGAGAGAGAGACAAGAGAGGUGAAUUCGCAGAAAGGAGACCAGAGGACGUCAGGGAGGUCGACAUGUGUCUUAUAUGCGGGGGUAGCUUGCGAGGGGACUCUGUCUUUGGGCCAGGCACCAUUGCGCUGCGAGACAUUCUGACGAUUGCGCCGUUUGAAGACUCGAUCGUUGUCAAGGAGAUGAAAGGGUCUGGCAUCCUGGAGGCGCUUGAGAAUGGCUUUUCAUCGUAUCCGAGCCAGGAAGGCCGCUUCCCACAGACUGCUGGUCUCUUCAUCAAGUGGGACUCGCGCAAGAAGCCCGGCGAGCGUCUCGUGGAGGUGCGCCUGCUCGAGGACAUCCAUAUGCUUCACCCAGACGGUUCAAAGGUCCAGAAGGAUGACACCGAGGAUCGUCGAGGCUCCGUUUCCUCUCUGACAUCAUACGCUUUUGAGCGAAGCGCAGAGGGAGGCUAUUCGAUUGAUGUCAACAAGCCUCGACUGAGAAAGGGUCCGCACCUCGACUCCAACAAAAUGUACCGUGUUGCGACCCGAGAGUACAUGGCAGACGGCCACGAUGGUUACACAGCCCUGUCAAGGGGAAAUGACCUUAUCGACCACGAGAAUGGAAGCCUGAUGAGCACGCAAGUCCGCAAAUUCUUGCUCGGUGCCAAUUUGAUCUGGAGGCUCAAGAGCUUCAGGGACUCAGCCGAUGAGACAGGAAAGGGUAAAGUAGGCAUAGAUGGCAUGCUGUCAAGCAAGACGUCGAAGGCCGUCGAUCGGGCGCACGCCAUCUCAAAGUCGUAUCAGUCCUCGGAACAAGCAGGGCCGCCUUCGACGCCUGCCAAGAAGAAGAGGGCGCCGCAUGCUCUGGAGAACCUGGGCACCCCGGGGCAGCAGAAAAUCGUCAUUGAUUCCAGUCCGGGAGGCAUUCGCGAUGCUAUGCACGUCGGCUCGAGCGAGCAUCACAGCCGUUUCGAUGCCGUGACAAGGCACUACAAUGCUUCCUCGUCUGCCCAGAUGAGCAAGGCGCGUGGUGCCAGGUCUGCCUCGUCUGCCUCGACAUCCUUUGAUGACAUAGACGAGGACUCGGGCGAGAUGGAUGUCUCUUUCCUCUCAAAUUCCAUUUCGAGCCUUCGCGCGCCCAGUACAGAUGGCGGAUUGGGACCUUCAAGUCCAGUUGUGGAGCGACGGCACCUCGAAGUAAGCCCCGAGGAUGGCGAGGUGCUUCGAGAAAAGAGCAAUGCGGAUCUAGCCAUCAUUGCGCCCUUGGUGGACGGUAGAAUGAUCGAUGUUGCUAGAUUGUCUCCGUCAUAAUCAUAGCCUCUUAUAAUAAUACAGAACAGUACCAUUACACUACUGCACAACGAUGAAUCCCAGCCAAUUAU